AUGCAACCUUCGCAGCACCCAAGGACUGGACAUGUCUAUCAAUUAGCCGACAUGCCGAGCUCUAUUCCACAACAUUCAUACCCCCCGCCGCCGCUUGGGGUACACUCCCACUAUUCCGCUGGUAAUACAGCCGAUUAUCACAAUAGAUUGGGCAACGGGCAAGAUCAACGCUCGAACCGCCCUUCACUAUCGCACUCAGCAUCAGGGGAGCAACCAUAUUCAUUGGCAAAUGGCCAGCCCAUAGCAACAAGCGAUGUGCAGCCUGCACAUUUUACGGGAUAUCGGUUCGACCCAAGAGCUACAACUGUCAGUGGACCGCGUGAUCUGGCCAGUCCUAUGAUGUCUCCUACCGAAACACGACCGGAUCAUAUGAGAAUAUCAGGUCUUGUUGCUCCCGGUAGAAGUAGCGGGGGCCAUAUACACGGUAGCACACAACCAGAUGGCAUCUCAUACAGCCUUAAAAUACGACAGCAACCGGUGGCGGCUAGGUCGUGUGGCUUUGGCGAAAGGGACCGAAGAGUGAUUGAUCCCCCUCCAAUCGUCCAACUUCUUAUCGAGGGCCCAGGCCUUUCCAAAGAUGAACUUUCCCAACAUCUACGAUACCCCCAUUAUGUUAUGAGCUGCUGUAUCAUCGAUGAGACAGGUACCCGUGACGCAUCUUUCAUGCCUGAGGAGUAUCGGCAGCAGCGUCGACUUAUGGGAUCGUUAGUAAGCGGUUCCUUUGUUGGCAAAGAUGAGCACGGCGAAGAAGGAACUUUUUUCUGCUUUGGGGAUUUAUCUUGCAGAACUCCAGGGUCAUUUCGACUUAAAUUCAGCAUGGUCAAAGUCAACCCUGUUCUCGCAGCGGAAGUGAAACGUUUUCCCAAUCUUGCUUCAGUACAAAGCGAAGUUUUCACGGUCUACACGGCAAAGGACUUCCCAGGCAUGCAAGCGAGCACGAAACUGACUAGGCGGCUCAAAGAGCAAGGAUGCCUCAUUUCCAUUAAGAAAGGGAAUGAUCGGUCCAAGAAUGCUAGAAGCCAUGACGAUUCAAGUGAGGGAGAUCAAGACGAAGUCGAGAUGGCGGUGCAAAGCAAGAGACGGCGGCGCUCUACACGACAAUAG